ACCUAUCGGCCGAAUUUGGGGGAAGACUGUUCAUCUUCUUCUUCGCAGAUCAGAAGCGGGGGCGGCGACCCUCCACCUCCGAUCUUUCUCUCUCCAUCUGUCUCUCUUUUGUUCUCUCUUUCUCUGUUCUCGUCCUCCUUUUUCUUCUUCUUCUUCUUCCUCCUCCUCCCUCCUCCUCUGUUCUAUUUUUUGAACCGCUGAAAUCACCCGAAGAUACUGUAGAUCGUCUUCUUCUUCGAGAGGAGCGUAGAACGGCAGUCCUUCCUCUUUCUUCACUUUGAUCUUCGCCUCCCUGAAACCAUCACUUAAGAUCUGUUCCGUCCGCUGAGCAAGUAGAAUAGACUGUAGCAGUGACCACGUGAAACUCCUCCCGAUAGCACGAUCCCCUGUCGCAGCAACGAACUCAGGCCUAUAUUCGAGCAACAUUGCCAUGCCUUGUUCAACCUUAUGCACACGAGUAACUUUCAUCCCCAUGAAAUAGGAUUCACCAUUUCUCUUGAAAGAACACCUCCCUUUGUUGGCCAUACUGGUGUUCUGAUUGCAUCCAUUCUGGUUACAUCUUUUGCCCAAGACAAUGACAGAGGAAUCUGCCACAAAGACCGCUUCGGGAAGCUUCUCCCCCUAUGAAAAUGGUGGCCGAACAGUAGAGGAGUGCCAGGAUAUGAUCCAGAAAAGCCUCAGAACUCCUACUGUUAGAUUUCUGAAAGAGCAUAUAGAGAAAGCUGGAUGCAUGAUUGGGGACAAGUUCAUCAAGGCUGUCAAUUGUGACAAACAGAUCAGUGGUGGUUAUGUACGGGGUGAAGGGAUACUGGUAUGUAGUAACCACAUGAAUAUUCAAGAUGAGGUAAACCAAGUAGUUAUUCAUGAGUUGAUCCAUGCCUAUGAUGAUUGUCGGGCUGCAAACUUGGACUGGGCGAAUUGUGCUCAUCAUGCCUGUAGUGAGAUUCGUGCUGGCCAUCUAAGUGGCGAUUGCCACUACAAACGAGAACUACUGCGUGGUUAUAUGAAAAUACGAGGUCAUGAACAAGAGUGCGUGAAAAGAAGAGUUAUGAAGUCAGUGGUUGCUAAUCCUUACUGUUCAGAGGCAGCUGCAAGGGAUGCCAUGGAAGCUGUCUGGGAUGUUUGUUACAAUGAUACAAAGCCGUUUGAUAGAGCUCCUUGAAAAUGCCCUAAUUCGUUGCUCUAUUAUUGGUAUUUUCACUCUUUUAAAAAAACUUAGAUCAUAUAGGAGGGUAAAGAGAAUUUUUUGUCAUCUGAAGAGAUAGGAAUUGGUCUCAUUUAUACCAUAUUUUAAUAUUAUUUAUUUUUUUAAUAUUCGAGUACAGGUUUCAUUAUUUCAGAUUUCAAGUAUUUUUUUGUCUCCUCUCUAUUUUCUUAAGAGAUGUGAUAGACUGAGCUUGAGAACUGUCCUAUAUGUUGGUGAUCCGUUGAGCAUGCACAUAUCAACAACUAAUGUACUAUUUGAGACCCAUUAAAAUAAGAUUAAUGUAUCAUUCGAGGCCUAUUUCUCUUUC